AUGGCCCAGCCCUACCCCCCAGCCCAGUACCCCCCCCAGAACGGCAUCCCAGCGGAGUACGCCCCUCCCCACCCCCACCCGCCAGCGGACUACACGGGUCAGAGCACGGUGGCAGAGCACACCCUAACGCUGUACACACCCACACAGACGCACAGCGAACAGCCCGGCAACGAGAACAACACACCCACCCUCACAGCCACACUAUCGCAGGCAGACGAGGUUGCGCAGACGGAGGUUUCCCAUCAGCUCCACCUGCAGCAGUGUGAUUCGUCAGAGAAGCAGCAGCCCAAACGAUUACACGUCUCCAACAUCCCAUUCCGCUUCAGAGAUCCAGACCUCAGGCAAAUGUUUGGG